GUAACUUAUACAUGGCAGCAUGAAGAAUGGUUAAAACUAGUUGAUCUUGUGGCUUGUGCUUUACUUUCCUCCAACUCAGUUCCUUCUUUUCACAAGGGACGACAUAAUCCAAAAUAAAUUUCAUGGACGCAUCAUGAGCAAAGAUGUAUGUUAUAAAUUCCAGUCACAAAAAAAGUUUCUCUACGCACGAGAUAAGACUAUGUAUGCCCUUUUUUGUUCAACACUAAUUGGCCAACGCUGAUCAACUAAUUGUAACUUAGAUUGAUUAUUCUUCCCAAGGACGACAGACAAAAAGUGAAGAUAACAAAGAAAAAGUUGUAGAGAUUCCCCCAUGUAAUAAACCUUGCUCAAAACACACUCCACAACUUUGCACUAAGAAAUACCCAACCACCAAGAAAGGCAUCUCCCCACAAGUACUCUUCUUCAACAAUAAGCCAUGGCAAACCUGCAGUUACCGUUUUCCACCUUCACCCCCAACAAAAGUCAUGGAGAAAACUACCACCGCCAUGCUUGCUCAUGCAGUCACAUAUGUAGUACUUCUCUUCAUGUCCACCCAAGCUGCGGAAAACGUAGGAGUGGAGGAGACAAUUGGUGUCAACUAUGGCACGGUAGCAAACAACCUUCCUCCACCGGCACAAGUGGCUCACUUCCUCUUACAAUCCACCAUUAUCAACCGUGUGAGGCUAUUCGAUGCCAACCCUGAAAUCCUUAAAGCAUUUGCUCAUACUGGAAUCGCCAUUACUGUCACUGUCCCCAAUGAACUAAUCCCACAGCUUACAAAGAUCAGUUUUUCACAACAAUGGCUGAAAACCAACAUUGUACCUCACAUUCCUGCCACCCACAUUGUCCGAAUUCUAAUCGGCAACGAAGUACUUUCAACAGCCAAUAAAUUAUUAAUAGGAAACCUCGUAAAAUCAAUGCGGACCCUUCACACAGUCCUUGUCCGAGAGUCUCUUGACCGUGAUAUCAAAGUCUCCACGCCACAUUCUCUAGGCAUACUAUCAUCCUCAAGCCCACCAUCCACUGGGAAGUUUCGAGACGGCUACGACACUCAUGUGCUCAAGCCAUUACUUAGCUUCCUAAGAGCCACCGGUUCACCUUUCAUGAUAAACCCUUACCCAUUUUUUGGCUACUCGGAUGACACUCUAGAUUAUGCACUGUUUAGGCCUAAUGCAGGAGUGUUCGACGAAAUGACUAAACGAACUUACACCAAUAUGCUAGAUGGACAGUUGGACGCAGUCUUCUCGGCAUUGAAACUUCUCGAUUUUACAGACGUUGAGAUCGUCAUAGCCGAAACUGGGUGGCCAUCUAAAGGUGAUCCAGGGCAAGCUGGUGUUGAUCCUGAAAGUGCAGCAGAAUACAACAGAAAUUUGAUGCAACAUGUGACAUCUGGGGUUGGGACACCCCUCAUGCCUAACAAGACAUUUGAAACAUACAUUUUUGCACUGUUCAAUGAAGAUUCAAAGCCCGGGCCAACAUGUGAACGAAACUUUGGGUUGUUCCAGCCCGACAUGACACCUGUCUACAACGUUGGGAUCUUAAGGCGAACGGCUAAAGCAAACUUUCCUUCGUACCCAACCCCAGUAGUUGCACCGGUGAGUCCAUUGCCUGCAUCAAAAGGGAAAGACUGGUGUCUUCCCAAACCAGGGGCUGAUGAAGAUGCAUUGCAGAAGAAUAUUGAUUAUGUGUGUGGCUUUGGUGUGGACUGCAGACCCAUUCAAGAAGGUGGGGAAUGCUUUGUUCCGAACACGGUUCGAGCCCAUGCUGCAUAUGCCAUGAAUGCAUACUACCAAGCCACUGGAAGGAAUGGCUAUGAUUGCGAUUUUGAUCAAACUGGAGCCAUCACCAAUGUUGAUCCAAGCUAUGGAAAGUGCAACUAUUGACUUGGAGAUACUGGAAUUAUGAAGUCCCCAGAAAAGAAGAUUUCUGUUGCUUUUAUAAUUAUAAGGUUUUGUUACCUAUGUUUGACAUUAGAAUAAGAGACAACAUUAAUUGCUUAGGCAGGAUCUGUAAUGAAGCUAUCAUAUAUGUUUACCUAUAUACACAGAGAGAGAGAGAGAGAGAGAGA